GUUUCAGUUUGAGAGUAAGUCCCUAGCGUAACAGACUAGACACAAUGCUUUCUCUGAGGGUGCUAUCGCUGUGCAUUGGCGUAUGGUUGCUUCUGAGCAUUGUGGGUGAAUGCAAUGCACAACAAAUUUUGAGGGCUGAGCACUGCGAAGGAUCUGAAGAGAGCAACGACAAUCCAUUUAAACGCCCCAAACACGUCUACAGGGACUCCCGGACUGCCUCGAGAGUCGCAAGAAGGUUGGUGGGCAACAACACAGUUGCCAUGAUCAACACGCAGUUUGAGCACGGAAACGACACCGUGGCAAUGUCGUUUCCGGAAUACGCCAUUGACUGUUUCGACAGCGGGGACCCCGUUCUCUUGUUCAUCAAGAUGAGCCACAACUGGCGCAACAUAGCCGUGCAGGCCGGAUACGACAGCAGCGUCACCUACACCGUUGACAGUAGCGAGUUCGACGCAGACUGGCCCGGUGCCAGCCCCGGGAGCAUGUACGGGAUGCCCCGGGUGAACUUGAGAGGCCACUUCAGGCUUCUCCGGGUCGCCGGCGACGACGCUUUCGAUCCCGAAGCCGACCGCAUCCAACAGUGCUUCCUCUCCGCACACAGAGAAACCGGAAGCUGGUUCCCCGGCGACGGCAACCGCGUACACAGCAGCGUGUGGACCGAGUUUGUUGUCGACAGCGGCUACUUUGUCGGUGGGUUCGGCGGCUACGCGUACAUCGGCGCUCUUGGCAACGACGAGUACCACUACCAGCACUCGCAGGACGUCGAUGAAGGGUCUCUGCACCUCUAG